AUGCUGCAGCAGAUCCUCCAUGACAUGUACAUCGACCCCGAGCUCCUUGCCGAGCUGAGCGAUGUGCAGAAACACAUCCUCUUCUACAAGAUGCGAGAGGAGCAGCUGAGGCGCUGGAGGGAGAGGGAGGUCUGGGAUGCCCUGGCUCAGGCAGACGGCCUCAGGCCCCCGAAGACAAAAAGAAAAGCGAGCAACAAGCACCUCCAGUGGCUGCUGGGAGCGGAUGGCGAGGUCUGGGUGUGGGUCAUGGGCGAAGGCCCUGGUGACAAGCCCUAUGAAGAGAUCUCCGAGGAGCUGAUUGCUGAGAGGGCUCGACUGCAGGCACAGAGGGAGGCUGAGGAGCUCUGGAGACAGAAAGAGGCAGAGAUCACCAAGAAGUUUCGAGAUGCUCUGGCCAAUGAGAAAGCUAGGAUCCUGGCAGAGAAGUGGAAAGUGGAGAUGGAGGACCGAAAGGCUGCCAAAAUCCUGGAGGAACGCAUCCACGAGGAAUUCAAGAGGAAAGAGGAAGAGGAGAGGAAGCGAGGAGAAGAGCAGAUUCGCCUCCAGGAGGAGCACAGGGCCAAGGAACUGUACUGGACUCUCAAACAAGCCCACCUCCACUGCCAGACCAGCGAGAAGGAGGAGCGAGAGUGGGAGGAGCAAUUGCGCAGGUCCAAGGCAGCCGACGAGGAGCGGAGCCGCGGGGCGCAGCGUGCGCGCGACGAGUCCCGGCGCCACUCCCUGCGGGCCAUCCAGGAGGGCACGGUCGCCGGCCUCAGCUCCAUGUUCCAGGGGCUCGGCCAGAACCCCGCGCGGGAGGCCCGACUCUACCAUCACCUCCCUGGCCCGGGCCCCCCACCGCCCCGCGCCGAGCCGGCCAGGACGUGGGAGCGCCCACUGCGCCCACUCUCCAGAGAAGUCAUCGUCCGUUGGUUUAAGGAGGAGCAGCUGCCUCGACAGGCUGGCUUCGAGAGGAACACCAAAUCCAUCGCCCCCUGGUUCCAUGGAGGAAAUCAUCACCGUUUCAGGAGGAGAGCUGCUGCAGGAACCCUGUGGGCAGAGAGACAGCCCGCCAGACUACCAUCUGUUGUUUGA